AUGGAAGCUGAGACACUGUUAACAAUUGAGAAUCUCCCAUCGAUGACUGAGGAAGAAAGUGAAAGGCCCAAGAAAAAACGCGUCCGGCACUGGACCGAGGAGGAUAGAGCCAGCCAUCGUGAAUUUGAGAAGUCCCGCCGAGAGGCGUUCAGUGAACGUUUAAUGGUUGGUGACCGUCCACCCACUAAAACAGAUGCUUUAAUUGUCACUAACGAGAUUCAGGAAUUGACAAGAUUACUACCCAAGCUCAAGGAGGAAACACGGCCCUCGAAGCAUAUUAUUGUUGAUGAGAGCAUCUCUCAUCAUAAAGCACAGCAAGCAAGAUGCGACCAAGCCGUUACUGCCAUCCAGGCCUUGAUGGCUGAGCGUGAUGAACUAUUAAGGGAGGUUAACAACCUUCGUACUUUGUACCAGCCUGAUGCUUCUGUUCCACGCCAAGCCCAGCCAGUCGACCCAGCUGUUCUCGAGGUUAUGGCGGAAAGCACUAGAUCAAAUGAAGCACAUGAAACUCAAAAUAUCGAUGACUUACAAUCUAAUCAUUUACACACUAAGUUUCAGCCACCAGUUUUACUGUCCCGUGCAAAUGAGGGACCCCAUAUAGCAAGUUAUUCCGGUGCCACUAUUGAAAAUCCACCGCUUGCACAGAUUCCACUUGGGUGGACCUGGCCUGGUCCCAACAAUUCUGCAAAUGAUAUCCCACAAAAUCUAUCGGAUGAAGGCUCUUUUGUAUGGAAUGACUCUCCCGAUCCCCUGACGCCGUCUUGGCCGAAGGUCAUUGAUAUACGUCCAAACAGCAAUGCAUCUUAUCUUGUUCACGACUCAGCAUCAUUUUGGACUCAGCAUCCUGGGCCUCUCAGACCUACGCCUCCUCAAAAUACGACCAUACACUAUGGAGUUGACUUAGCAGGUCUCUCUGAUGAUAUGCCACGUCUUUGGUAUUCAAAUAUUGGAAUAGACACAGCCACUAUAGCAGGAAAUGAGCAUUCCAUAUCUUUAAUGCCCACGCUUUCGAUUGCGAAUUCACUGCCUCUUACUUCGAAAGAUCGAUCUAUUUAA